AUGAAGCCUCGGUUUCUUUCCGCGCUGCAGCAUAACGACGCCGCUGAGGUGGAUGAAAUCCUCCGCACCACAAACAUAGACAUAGACACCGUGUUCGAUGUGGAGGACCGAAAUAGGGUCCUGGCGUCUUAUAAACAAGGUUACUGGCUACCAGAUUAUAAACUGGAGUCCUCCUGGGCGAUGGGCCUUCACAUAUGCAUGAUGCACAAUGCGGUGGAGAGUGCCUUGGUGCUUCUGCAGAGGGGAGCAGCAGUGAACAGGAAACCCAAUGGGAAAACACCACUGCAUGUGGCUUGUGAAGUGUCUCAUGCUGACUGUGUGGGCCUGCUGCUCAACUGGGGGGCAAAGGUCAAUGGUGUAUCCCUGAGUGGACACACUCCAUUACAUUACUGUGUCACGCAGGAAUCAGUGGACUGUGCCAGACAGCUGAUAAUCAAAGGAGCAGAUGUGAACAAGCCAAGCCAGAACAAUGAUGAAGAAACUCCACUACAUGUAGCCGCACGCCUUGGUAUACCUGAGCUGGUUGGCCUUUACGCUGCACAGGGUGCUGAUGUGAAUGUGCUCAAUGCACGUAUGGAGACCCCUUUGAUCACUGCUGCAUUCUGGGCUAUGGAUGCCCGUGAGCAGACUUACAGCGAACAGCACCAUCUUGUGUGCCGCAUGCUAUUGGACUAUGGGGCCAACCCAAACCUCCAGGAAGAAAGCAAAAAAACAGCACUGCACCAAGCUUCAUGGAACUGUGAUGAAGCACUGAUGCAGAUUCUGCUUGAUGCUGGGGCCGAUCCUAAGAUCAUGGACAUGAACGGUUGCGCAGCCCUUCAGUAUGUGCUAAAUAUGAUGCAGAUGCGGCCUUACUGUGUACCAUAUCGCUGCUUCCAGCUCCUGCUUAACAACGGAGCAGCCAGGGUCUAUCCAAAACUCUUCCACAAGGUGUUGCAGAUUUGCCAUGAUGACCCCAAUUCAGUUGAGGUGAUGGCUAAUUCCUAUGAGCAUCUCAUGAGGACUUCAAAGUGGAGCAAUGCAAUUCCAGACACAACAUACAAGAGCCACAGAAAGUUUUAUGACUCAUUGUUUGCUGCCUGCACCAGCCCGCGUUCUCUGCAACACCUGGCCAGAUGUGCCAUCCGCAUAGCGAUGCACUGCUGCUGUCAGUUGAGCACUAAACGACUCCCAGUGCCUCCAUCAAUCAAACGAUACAUACUGCUCGAUCCUGUGGGAAUCAUCUACUAGUGACCGUAUUGGCCCAAUGGUGAACUUACAAUGUGCCAAUCUCAAACUCUAUCCACAAGAAACCUUCUGGGAUAUGUGUUCUCAGGAAAAUGCACCACUGCUUUGGUCGUAUCUACAAUAUUUUCAUUCUUAUAUCAUAUAUUGCCACUCAAAAGUUUUACCAACACCCUGUAUUAA